UUGUUAUAUUACAGUGAUAUCAAAGUACGUCGUGGUGUGUCGAAUGGGGCUUCGCCCCCGCCGGCUGCGCCCUCGCCUGCACUUAGAAGAAGGGUCAAGAAAGAUGAUACAGACUAUUUCACACCCUUCAUAGAAAAGGCUAAGGCGAACAACUAUAAUGUAGCCGUACAGAUCUUCCAGUACUUAGGCAUGCGUGAUGUAGCGCGCGCCGCCCGCACGUGCUCGCUGUGGGCGGAACUGGCCGCGACGCCCGCUCUGUGGAGACAUGUGAGGAUGAAGAACUCACACGUGAGUGACUGGGCGGGUCUGUGCGCGGCUCUGCGUCGUCACGGCACCCGCUGGCUCGACCUGCGCAAGAUGUUACUACCGACCAACGACGCGCUGUUCUGGGAUCAGUUCGCUGAACACAUUGGCACCGUGGAUACUCUCGAGAGACUAGAGCUAUGUCGCUGCCCGGCCCGUGCGGUGGAGGCGUCGUGUGAGCGAGUCCCAGGGCUCCGCGCCUUGUCCGCGCCUGCUAUAAGGGACGCUCGACUUGACCCCGCGCCUUUAGCCAGACUCACGAGACUGGAGCUACUCAGACUUAAGAGCCUUACAGGUCUAUCGUUGACGCGCGACCUUCGUCCCCUAGCCGGUCUGUCUCGUCUCCAACACUUAUCGCUGACAUCUAUAAAGGAGCUAGGCUGGUAUGCUUGCGAAGUUGUCGGUCAGCUAGAACAAUUAGAGUCUUUGGAACUUGGAGAAUGUUCCUUCGGCGGAUCUUUCGCCACGGCUCUCGGUAAACUGGUUAAAUUGAGGAAAUUAAGGCUGGAAAGAGGCGUAGCACAUUGCGCUGCGCCAGCAUUACUAAGAGCUCUGGCAGCGCUGCCCAAACUGACGCGGCUGGAGUUAGUUAAUUUCGAUGUUAAGGUCGGCUUCGACGAUGCGCUCGCGGAGUGUAAAAACAUACAGAGACUGCUCAUCAUACCGACAUACGUGUCGCAGUCGGCUACCACUAACAAACAGGUGUUAAGCGGCGUGCUCCGACUGAAGGAGACCUUAACGCACCUCAUGUGGGGCGUGACCAUCGAGCUGCUGCGAGUGACCGAGCUGUUCAUAGACCAGUGCGAGGCGGGCGACGGGGACGCCAAGCGUCGCGACGUGGGCGAGUGUAUACCCGUGCUGAAACCCGUGCCCGGCUGUCGGCUGCCCGACGACCAUCGGACCGUGGCUGGACCGCCGCAGGUUGAAAUCCUCCCCAUCCCGACCCUCCAGCGGUUGUUAGCAGCUCAGUUGCCGCGGACCAAGCUCAAGUUGCUCCGAAUCCCCUUCCACGCCACAUGGAGACAGUCGCUGGCUGACUUCCAAUAG